GACUCAGAGUACGGUACCCCCGGAUCAUACAAGACAUCGACGGAAUGGAUGCCUUCCUGGGAUGCCUUCUCCUUGAAAGCUUGAUUCAUUGAUUAAAUGAGAGUGAUUUAUAUCCAGUUGCUACAGUUUGCAGAAAGAUUUCUAAUUAAAUGAUGGCUGCCUUGUAUUUUGUGUUGUUGAUGUGGCUGCCACUUUGCAGAGCUAAUACAGAAGAAACAAGCACAGUUCCAGAUCUAUUCACAUAUGGCCUUAAUAGUGAAGUAGACCUCUAUAACUUCAGCUGCUAUAACUGCCAAGGUAUAGUAGGAGAGGUGACAAAUUGUGGAGAAAGUCUGGUGGCCGAAGAGGAUAUAGCCGUCAUUGAGAAGAUCCCAUGCAAUAAUGUUUGUACAAAAGCGGUGAGAUACAAGAUGGAUCAGAAGAUCUAUGUGACAAGGAACUGUUCACAGAGCUGUGAUCCAGGAUGUACAAUGCGAGCUGGCACGGGGACAUGCUGGUACUGCUGCCAUGGUAAUCUUUGCAAUGGUGCCAACCAGAAAGCAUCACCAUCCUUUUGCUCACUCAUCGUCUUUGGUCUGUUUGUUAUUUAUGGAUAUAUCUGAGCAUUUCUUGCUUGUUUAGGCUCAUCAAGACUUGAGCUGUAAAUAGCUCAGAAACUUAUUUCAACAAGAUUAAAGGCAAAGUACACCCCCAAGAACUGACUUGAACAAAUAGAGAAAGAAUCGAGACAAAAUCUAAUCAAAAUUAAUUGGAUGUAUAAUAAAUGCUUAUUUUCUCACAUCACGUCCAGUAUGCAAAAGAGGGAGCAUAUGAUUACACAUAGUUUUUUUUUAAAAUAAUUUUAUUACAUGAUUUU